AUGGAUACCACCCAUUUGAAACAAGCCACCCUGUCAUUCCAUGAGUUCGUGAGUGGAUCUUUGCUAAUUAACCGUUUCUUAGGUUUGAUCGUCUCAACAGUGGAAAAUCUCGGGUUGCGCAAUGCGCUGGAUGUUUCAACCCAACGUAGUUGGUGUCAAGUCAUCUGUGCGCAACAGACAAAAGUCUUGGAGCUAAUCAGCGCAACUCGAUGCAUAUUUUCGGACUGGCUACGUGCCCGCACUUCAUUGGCUCGCAUCGACAGGUGUUUGCCCGACUCAGACAGUACCUAUAAAUUAUGUGUGCCGGUGUGGACUAGACCUGAGUUGAAUUGCCUCAAGCGCAUCGACGAAGUUCUCUCGGUUGAUGUUUCCUCUGGUCACACUGUCUGGUAA